UCCAUCGAUUGUCUCCGCGAUUGGCUAGUUUUCCGUUUCCAGGCUGAGUUUUGCAGUCUGAAUGCUUGCUUAUUUUCAAAAUGGAUGCGCCCUUAACAGCACGUGAACUGUUCACAGAGGCUGUGAGAGCUGUUCUGGAAACGUGGCCAGUACUGCAAAUCGCAGUGGAUAAUGGAUUCGGUGGAGUUCACAGCCAACAAAAAGCAAACUGGAUGGUUGAUGCUGUACAGCAGUACUUCCGUGAAAAUAAUAACUUGGAGCAGUAUGAAGUGGAGGAUUUCCUAGCGGACUUGAUGAACAAUGAGUUUGACACGGUGGUUGAUGAUGGCAGUUUGCCUCAGGUGGCAUUGCAAGUGAGUCAGUUCUUCAAGCAGUGUGAACAAGGGAAUUGGUCAGAGGUCGAAGGUCAGAUCGCCAAGCUGUCACAGAAGAAGGCUACUGGGAGGGCCAAGGCAACAUCAGUGCAAACCCCCGCCAAUGAGGAAGAGGAGGAAGAGAGUGAGGAGGAAGAGGAGGGUGCAGAGGCUAUGGACUGUGGAGAAGCAACAGAGACGAAGUCCUCAGCCAAGCUGCCCAAUGAGCAGGACCCCCCUUCCCCACCCAGUGCAGGCCCGGAUGAGGACGGUUGGACGGUGGUGCGCAGGAAGAAGUGAAAGAAGGGUCUUUCCAAAAUUUAAAGAGGAAGAGGAAGAGUGUGAGGAAGCACCUGGGACUUGUUAACCGAGCCAGCUGAACUGACCGUACGCUGGUAGACUCACACUUUACCUGUCCUCUAAGGUAUAGGUCUGUGUGUGUGCGUGCGUUUACCCACAUAACGAGCCCAGGACCAUGUGGGCCCCAAGAACUGUUUUUCUCUUUCUUUCUUUUUUUUUUUAAAUGAAAAACUGCGCACUGUUUUUCAAAAAGGAAUUCUCCCAUCUUGAUGAUAAAAGCCUUGAUAUCGACCAGAUCUGUAUCAAGCACCGUCUAUAUUUAUUCAUCAUUUAAUGUGGUUUGUAUUAUCUUUAACUCUUUGCAUUUUUAUUGCAGAAAACAUUGUAAGGGCAGGUAUACGAUAGAUAAUUAUUCUCUAAUAUUUAACUGAAACAUUGACGCUGUUACAGUGUUGGGAUUUGUCAACUGUAUUCGGAAACGGUAAUAUUAUAAGAAGAAACUAUCUUCGUGAGGUAUUCACCUUACAUUGCAAUAUUUCAAAAAGCCAUUGAAUUGAUGUUUUUACUUUUGACCCUGAUCCAUGAAUAUGUUCAUAAAAACGCUCCAUCCCAUAAAGGAUUGUGAUUCGCUUGGCUUGUCAACAUCUUCAAUUGGCAAAAAGUAGCAAUGGGCAAACUGGGUGUUGUGGGAUAUUUAAACCGUUUUUAUCUCAGUUCUUCAUUAAUGGUUCACUAAACUACUUCUUUGAAACUGAGUUUUGCUGUAAACAAAAAAUAACAUUUUCACAAAAGAGAAAAAGUUUUUUAAACCAUCCUAAAAUUGAGAAAAAUACAUAAGACAUUUUUUUUAAAUGAUCUCAAACAUAUUUAGCAUUUUUAUUAUUCAUGAUAUUUAACUUGUUUUUCAUCAAUUUUAAAUGGGUUUUCUGAAGAUUUCAAAGAUAUCUAUGGCUUCAAUUAGGGUUAAGGGCUCAAACUAGGGUUAGGGUUAGGAAAACGGUAAGUCUGAGGGUUGAGGGGAGUUCACGGCUGUGUUCAGCAGCUUGAAGAACGGUGAGUAGAUGAGUUUCUUAAUGAUUUUGACUGAGCCAAAUAUUUUCUAUACUAGCAUGUGUACCUAUGGCCAUUGAAAAAUUUGCAAUAAAUGCCUGUUUUUUCCAGGGAAAACCUUUAUUAAAAUGUUUUUCAAUGACCUCAACCAUAUUGUUUUCCUUUUGUUUUAUUUAAUUCAUAUUUACCUUGUUUUUCAUCAAUUUUAAAUGGGUUUUCUGAAGAUUUCAAAGAUAUCUAUGGCUUCAAUUAGGGUUAAGGGCUCAAACUAGGGUUAGGGUUAGGAAAACGGUAUGUCUGAGGGUUAAGGCGAGUUCACAACUGUGUUCAGCAGCUUGAAGAACGUUGAGUAGAUGAGUUUCUAAAUGAUUUUUAAUGAGCCAAAUAUUUUCUAUACUAACGUGUACAUAUGGCCAUUGAAAAAUUUGCAAUAAAUGCAUGUUUUUUCCAGGGAAAACCUUUAUUAAAAUGUUUUUCAAUGACCUCAACCAUAUUGUUUUCCUUUUGUUUUAUUUAAUUCAUAUUUACCUUGUUUUUCAUCAAUUUUAAAUGGGUUUUCUGAAGAUUUCAAAGAUAUCUAUGGCUUCAAUUCGGGUUAAGGGCUCAAACUAGGGUUAGGGUUAGGAAAACGGUAAGUCUGAGGGUUGAGGGGAGUUCACGGCUGUGUUCAGCAGCUUGAAGAACGGUGAGUAGAUGAGUUUCUUAAUGAUUUUGACUGAGCCAAAUAUUUUCUAUACUAGCAUGUGUACCUAUGGCCAUUGAAAAAUUUGCAAUAAAUGCCUGUUUUUUCCACGGAAAACCUUUAUUAAAAUUAUUUUCACUGACCUCAACCAUAUUGUUUUCCUUUUGUUUUAUUUAAUUCAUAUUUACCUUGUUUUUCAUCAAUUUUAAAUGGGUUUUCUGAAGAUUUCAAAGAUAUCUAUGGCUUCAAUUCGGGUUAAGGGCUCAAACUAGGGUUAGGGUUAGGAAAAUGGUAAGUCUGAGGGUUGAGGGGAGUUCACGGCUGUGUUCAGCAGCUUGAAGAAUGGUGAGUAGAUGAGUUUCUUAAUGAUUUUGACUGAGCCAAAUAUUUUCUAUACUAGCAUGUGUACCUAUGGCCAUUGAAAAAUUUGCAAUAAAUGCCUGUUUUUUCCAGGGAAAACCUUUAUUAAAAUGUUUUUCAAUGACCUCAA